AGUUAUAAGCCCCGUUCAGUUUAAAUUGUUUUUGUGUAAAAAAUAUCUUUUGAAAUACGCAAAAAAUUAGCAAAAAAGUCCACAAAUGGAAGUAGCUCAAAGCAUUCAACAAACUUCAUUCGAUCAGUUUCAUAAGCUGAUAAAAGAGAAAUCAGCUAAUAAAGCAGAAAUAACAAAAAUUAUUGAAGAUAUUUUGGAAUCACCGUCAUUGAAUACUUUUUCUGAAUUCUUACAUUUAAAAGAAAUCGAUGAGCUUAAAUCCGGCGAGUACGAAAAACAUUAUAAUACAUUGAAUUUAUUUGCUUUUGGAACUUACCGUCAGUUCUUGGAAAAGAAACAAAAAAUUAUAUCAUUAAGUCCAAUCAUGGAUAAAAAGCUUAAGCAUCUCACAAUACUUACACUUGCAACUCAAAAGAAGACACUGCCCUAUGAUGAUCUCAUGGUUGAGUUGGAUAUAGCAAAUGUUCGUCAUUUGGAAGACAUCAUUAUCGAAGCAAUUUAUGCAGAAUUAAUCAAUGGAAAAUUGGAUCAAAAAAAUCGGCAAUUGGAGAUUGAUUAUGCUGUGGCUCCAGAUAUUCAAACUGAAAACAUCCAGGACAUUGUGAAUAUUCUAACUGAUUGGCUUAAAUCAUGUGAAAGCUGUUCAAGUUGUCUUCAAGAACAAAUUGAGAAUGCCAAUGCUGAAAAAGUCAAGAGAGCCAAGCAUAAAGAACAUUUAGAGGAGAAAUUGGCAGAAGUUAAAAAGAACAUAAAGAAACAAUCAUCAAACACUCAACAACAGAAUUUUGAGGGUGAAGACGGAGAUUUCUUGAUGGGGCCAGAGAAAAAUCUCAAUACAAAAGAAAAACGAGGACGUCCAAAGCAGGGAACAUCGAAAGCUCCUUGGUUUAAGACGUUCAAUUAAGAGUGCUUGAAAAACAUCUCUUAAAUGUGUUACAUCUUGAAAUAAUAUUCAAACUUACCAAUUUCCACAUGAUUCAAUUAAAUAAAUAUUUCUAUUAGUUUUCGAUGGAAAGUUAUUU